AUGGCUGAGCGAUACAUCCCCGAGCAUCGCCGCACCCAGUUCAAGGCGAAGAACACCUUCAAGCCUGAGGAACUCCGCCGUCGUCGUGAGGAGCAGCAAGUCGAGAUCCGAAAGGCCAAGCGUGAGGAGAACUUGGCCAAGCGACGAGGUAUCGGAACCGGUGAGAACCGACCUGGUGCUUCCCUUGGUGCUGCCCCUGAUAGCGACGAUGAGUCUGCUCCUACCGAAUCUCAGUUGAACGAGGACCUUCCCCAGAUGGUGCAAGGCGUCUUCUCAGACCAGAUCGAUUCGCAGAUUCAGGCCACUACAAAGUUCCGAAAGCUCCUAUCCAAGGAGCGUAACCCCCCGAUCGAGGAGGUCAUCAAGACCGGUGUCGUUAGCCGCUUUGUCGAGUUCUUGCGAUCCCCUCACACCCUUGUUCAGUUCGAGGCUGCUUGGGCCCUGACCAACAUUGCCUCCGGCUCCGCCACCCAGACCCAGGUCGUCAUUGAGGCCGGCGCUGUCCCUAUCUUUGUCGAGCUGCUUGCUAGCCCUGAGCCUGACGUUAGGGAACAAGCCGUCUGGGCUCUUGGUAACAUCGCUGGUGAUAGCCCUCACUGCCGUGACUAUGUCCUCAGCUGUGGCGCUCUCAAGCCCCUCCUUAACCUUCUCGGCGACAGCCGCAAGCUUAGCAUGCUCCGCAACGCUACAUGGACUCUGAGCAACUUCUGCCGUGGAAAGACCCCUCAGCCUGAUUGGACUACUAUUGCCCCCGCUCUUCCCGUUCUGUCUAAGCUUGUCUACUCUCUUGACGAUGAGGUUCUGAUUGAUGCCUGCUGGGCUAUCUCGUACCUUUCUGAUGGUUCCAACGAUAAGAUCCAGGCCGUGAUCGAGGCUGGUAUCCCCCGCCGACUGGUGGAGCUCCUCAUGCACGCUUCCACAUCAGUCCAGACUCCUGCUCUGCGAUCCGUUGGUAACAUUGUCACUGGUGACGAUGUGCAGACCCAAGUCAUCAUCAACUGUGGUGCCCUGCCCUGCCUUCUGUCUCUGCUCAGCUCCACUAAGGACGGUAUCCGCAAGGAGGCCUGCUGGACCAUCUCCAACAUCACCGCCGGCAACUCUUCUCAGAUCCAGGCUGUUAUCGAUGCCAACAUCGUUCCCCCUCUGAUCCACCUCCUGCAGAACGGUGACCUCAAGACCCGCAAGGAAGCCUGCUGGGCCAUUAGUAACGCCACUUCUGGUGGUCUGCAAAAGCCUGAGCAAAUCCGUUACCUGGUUGCUCAAGGCUGCAUUAAGCCACUGUGUGACCUGCUUGGCUGUCCCGAUAAUAAGAUCAUCCAGGUCGCCCUGGAUGGCCUUGAGAACAUCCUCAAGAUUGGUGACCUUGACAAGCAGGCUGCUGGCGAGUCUGGCGACUCCAUCAACCGAUAUGCUCUCUUCAUUGAGGAGUGUGGCGGCAUGGAAAAGAUCCACGACUGCCAGAACAACGCCAACGAGGAGAUCUACAUGAAGGCUUACAACAUCAUUGAGAAGUACUUCUCCGACGAUGAGGAGAAUGCUGACGAUGGUAUGGCUCAGCAACCCGCCGGCCCCAACGGUACCUUCGGCUUCGGCACCAACGGUGCUGCCCCUGCAGGAGGAUUCGACUUUGCCAAGGGUAACGACGCCAUGGACAUGUAA